CCCAAGAUGUCCUGCUACGACCUGUGCCCACCCAGGAGCAGCGUGGCUGUGCCCCAGCCCAUCGCUGAGAGCUGCAACGAGCUGUGCGCCCGCCAGUGCCCCGACUCGUCUGCCUUCAUCCAGCCCCCGCCCGUGGUGGUCACCUUCCCCGGCCCCAUCCUCAGCUCCUUCCCCCAGCAGGCCGUGGUGGGCUCCUCGGAGCACCGGCCUUUGCCGGCUCCCCUGGGGCUGGGCGGCCUCUAUGGCGCCGGGCGCCACCCAGGCCUCGGGGGCCUCUGCACCUUUGGCAGAGCCUACGCUGCUCCCGCCUGCAGCCCUUGCGCCCUGCCCCGCUACAGCAAGAAGCUCUGGGACACCUGCGGGCCCUGCUAG